AUGGAUACAAAAGAUCCCGGUCAAGAAAUAAAUACCAAAGACGAGGUACCAGGUAAAGCCAAAAGAGAAGAAGAGCUAGUAUCCCGACUUGAGAAAGGUCAAGGUGAGAAGAAAGGCGCCAGUCAGAGCAAAGAAACCCAAGAUGACGGAGAAGAAAAGACAGAUGAUUCUGACUUUGACCAGGAUGUUUGUAGACUUUUGAGAAAAAUAGGUGAAGGGACUUUAAUAUCUCUGUUUGUCAAAGAAAGGGUUACCAUAGAGAUUUUGAUGGAUCUUAACCACGCAGAUCUUCGUGAGCUUGGAGUCGGUACAUUUGGUCAAAGACACAAGAUAUUAAAGGCAAUAAAAGAAUACAGAGAGAAGGAGAAGAAACAGAAAAAGACCUUAUGUAAACUUCAUCCAUUUAAUACUACAUGUCCAGGACGAAAACGGAAGAGUCACAAUCAAACCAGUUAUGGACAUCAUUGCAAAAUUACGAAGAAAAUGAAAGCAAAAAUCCCUAAAGAAUUACCUGUAGUGACGUCAACAGCUUCCAGUAUACAACCAUCAGCUUCAGUAAUAACGACAGCUUCAUCUUCCUGUGACACGGCAGUUACCCAAUCUUGUCACACCCUGAAUGUGUCAUCUACCACCUCACCUCUACAUAAUAAUAGAUCAUCAAUAACUGUGCCAACAACGUUAUCAACAACUAACUUAGCCAUAACAACACAUGGCACAACGUCAACAGUAACAACAACUAAAAUGCCUAAAACAACACAUGGAGCAACAGUACCAACAAGUAACAUAGCAACAACAACAAAUGCAUCAACAUCAACAUUACCGAUAAAUAACAUACCAGUAAUAACAAAUGGCACAUCAACAGUACCAAUAACUAGCAUGACUAUAACAACACAUGGUACAACGUCAACAAUAACAUCAACUCAGACAGCAAUAACAACACGUGGUUCAACAUCAACAGUACCGACAACUAAAUUAACGUCAAUCAUUGGAACAUUGCCAACAGCAUUCCCUGCAAAAUCAAGCACCUUAUCAUCUUCCUCAGUAGCAACACCAAUAUGUUCAGCAGCAACAUUUUCUCAAGUGACUUCCAGCUCAUCCAAUCAGGUUCCAAUAUUUGGAGUGUUGCCGUCUCAAGUCUUGUAA